CGCUUAUAUCAUUUUCUAUCUUCUUCACAGAAACUCCACUACUUGAUCAUCAUCAUCAUCUUCACCAGUCACCACCUCAUUUCUCAACUCUUUGAUGAAACCAGGUCGAAAAGAGUGAGUCUUUUCAACUCAUAAUGGACUCCAAGUCGGUGCGGUUCUUGACCCACCAGUCCUUCUUCUCCGCCGUUCGAUCCGGCGACCUCGAGUCGGUGACGCAGCUGGUGGAGAAGCUCGCCAAGGACGGCGAGCCGUCGUCGUCGUCCGCCGUGGCUGAUCUGAUGGCGAUGAAGAACGACGCAGGCGAGACGGCGCUGUACGUGGCCGCAGACAAUAAUCUGGAGGAGGUGUUUGCGUACCUGCUCAAGUUCUGUGAUGUGGAGGUUGCCAAGAUCAGGAGCAAGCUUGAUAUGAACGCCUUUCAUGUUGCUGCUAAGAAAGGCCAUUUGGGUAUUGUGAAGGCGCUGCUGGCAAAAUGGCCUGAGCUGUGUAAAGCGUGUGACUCGUCAAACACUAGCCCUCUUUAUUCAGCUGCUGUUCAGGAACAUUUGGAUGUAGUCAACACCAUCUUGGAUGUGGACAUCAGCUCAAUGAGGAUUGUGAGGAAAAAUGGCAAAACUGCAUUACAUACAGCUGCAAGGUAUGGGUACCUCAAGAUUGGGGAAGCGCUUAUUGAUAGAGAUCCUGAAAUAGUGUGUAUAAAGGAUAAAAAGGGUCAAACUGCACUCCAUAUGGCUGUAAAAGGUGACUGCACUUCAAUUGUAGAGGAGAUAUUACUUGCUGAUCACUCUAUACUUAACGAACGUGACAAGAAAGGCAAUACUGCUUUGCAUAUGGCGACAAGGAAAUGCCGUCCAGAGAUAGUGAGCCUUCUGUUGAGUUUCAAGGAUACUGAUGUCAAUGCAAUCAAUAAUCAUCACGAAACUGCCAUGGAUUUGGCAGAUAAACUACAAUAUGGAGGUUCUCGAUCAGAAAUUAUAGAAGCACUGGUGGAAGUUGGUGGCAAGUAUGCAAGACAUGUUGGCCAAGUGGAUGAAGCAAUGUUACUCAAGAGAGCUGUGAGUGAUAUUAAGCAUGAGGUGCACUCACAGUUGAUACAAAAUGAAACAACUCGGCGAAGAGUUUCUGGUAUUGCCAAAGAACUAAAGAAACUUCAUAGAGAAGCUGUCCAGAACACUACCAAUUCUAUCACAGUCGUUGCUGUUCUUUUUGCUUCGAUAGCCUUCUUGGCCAUAUUUAACUUGCCUGGCCAAUAUAUCGAAACAGGGAAGGCUAACAUAGCCGAUGAAGUUGGUUUCCAAGUGUUCUACCUAUUGAAUGCCACAGCUCUCUUCAUUUCUCUGGCGGUCGUUGUGGUUCAGAUCACUUUGGUGGCUUGGGACACAAGGGCUCAGCAGCAAGUUGUGUCAGUGGUCAACAAACUAAUGUGGGCUGCUUGUGCAUGCACUUGUGGAGCUUUUCUGUCAAUAGCUUUCGUGGUUGUUGGAAAAGGUAGUUCAUGGAUGGCCGUUACAAUAACAGCUGUGGGAGCACCAAUCCUCAUUGGCACUCUUGCAAGCAUGUGCUACUUUGUUUUCCGACAACACUUUGGGUCUUUCCGGCGCGACUCUCAGAGAAACAUCAGAAGGGCGAGUGGAAGCAAGUCGUUCUCCUGGUCCUACUCUGCAAAUAUCUCAGAUCUCGACGAUGAAUACAACUCCGACCUUGAGAAAAUUUAUGCUCUGUAAACGCUAUACCUCAGCGUCUUGUUUAUAUGUCGAAAGUAAUAGUUUCUGUUCAUGUACUUGUACACGUUUGUGACAAUUGAUCGUAGAUCUUUGUAUGUUAGUGUAAGUAUUAUAGUGAUAGCUCUGCUUAAAAGUUGUAUUCAUGGAUUUAUUAACUGAAUGUGGUACAGAAUAGAAUGUUACAAUGCCCA